CUGGCCUCUGCAGUCUGCACGCCGGCUCGCUAGCUGCCCAGCCACAACCCCACAAAACCCAUCGCAACAGGAGGGAGAAGGCCAGCGCGCGCGAGAGAGACUGAACCCAAUCCGACCGGCCGGGCGAGAGAGAUUGGGUUGGUGCGGCAGCGGCCGGCCAGGAUGAGAGUGGCGGUGGUCGGCGCCGGCGUGAGCGGCCUGGCGGCGGCGCACGAGCUGGCCCGGAGCGGCGGCGGCGGCGGCGGCGUGCGCGUGACCGUGUACGAGAAGGAGGACUGCCUCGGUGGGCACGCCCGCACCGUGGCCGUCGAGGACGCCGCCGCCGGCACCGUCCACCUCGACCUCGGCUUCAUGGUCUUCAACCGGGUAACAUACCCAAACAUGCUGGAAUGGUUUGAAGGGCUCGGGGUGGAUAUGGAGAUAUCUGACAUGUCCUUCUCAGUGAGCACACAAUUGGGGACCAGCGGUGGCAGAUGCGAGUGGGGCAGCCGCAAUGGCAUCUCAGGCCUCUUGGCACAGAAAAGCAAUGCAAUCAGCCCUAGUUUCUGGCGCAUGAUCCGUGAGAUACUCAAGUUCAAGAACGAUGCUCUCAAGUACUUGGAGGACCGUGAAAACAACCCUGAUAUGGACCGGAAUGAGACUCUCGGGCAAUUUAUUCAGUCUCAUGGAUAUUCCCAAUUCUUCCAAGAGGCUUACCUUAUCCCGAUCUGUGCGUGUAUAUGGUCAUGUCCAUCUCAAGGGGUGUUGGGAUUCUCUGCUUUCUUUGUGCUCUCAUUCUGCCGCAACCACCACCUUCUUCAGCUGUUUGGUCGCCCCCAGUGGCUCACUGUCAAGGGCCGUUCCCAUAGCUAUGUGCACAAGGUAAGGGAGGAGUUGGAAAGCAUGGGUUGCCAAAUUAAAACCAGCUGUGAAAUUAAAUCUGUUUCAAGUUCCAAUGGAGCAGGUCUCAGGGUUACAACUUUUGAUGGUUCAGAGGAGAUGUAUGACAGAGUCAUAUUUGGUGUCCACGCACCUGAUGCUCUAAAGCUUCUAGGAGCUGAAGCAACACACGAGGAAUUGAGAAUCCUUGGUGCUUUUCAGUAUGUCAGCAGUGAUAUAUACCUCCAUUGUGAUAAAAGUAUGAUGCCACAGAGUUCAUCAGCAUGGAGUUCCUGGAAUUUCCGGGGGACGACAAGCAAGGGGGUUUGUGUAACCUACUGGCUAAAUCUGCUUCAGAACAUAGAAUCUACAGACAGGCCUUUUCUGGUGACACUGAACCCUCCUAAUGUCCCGGAUCAUGUCUUGCUCAAAUGGUACACUAGCCACCCUGUCCCAUCUGUGGCUGCCGCAAAGGCUUCUCUUGAGCUUCAUCACAUUCAAGGAAACAGAGGAAUUUGGUUCUGCGGGGCCUAUCAAGGUUAUGGUUUCCAUGAAGAUGGACUCAAGGCUGGGAAAUCUGCAGCCCAAGAUUUGCUAGGUAAGAAGAGUGGCCUUUUGGUGAACCCAAAGCAGAUGGUCCCAUCGUGGACUGAGGCUGGGGCGCGUCUUCUGGUAGCAAGAUUUCUUGGCCAAUAUGUAUCCGUUGGUAACUUGGUCUUGCUUGAAGAAGGAGGCACUAUGUUCAGUUUUGGUGAAACUGGCAAAAAAUGCCAUGCAAAAUCUGUCCUGCGAGUUCAUGACCCCAUGUUUUACUGGAAGGUUGCAACUGAAGCAGACCUUGGCUUGGCAGACGCCUAUAUUAACGGUUAUUUCUCUUUUGUUGACAAGAGAGAAGGUCUUCUGAAUCUUUUUCUGAUCCUCAUUGCAAACAGGGAUGCAAACAAGAGUAAUAGCAGUGGGGCCAGUAAAAGGGGUUGGUGGACACCCCUACUUUUGACAGCUGGGGUCGCCUCAGCUAAAUACUUCCUCCGUCACAUUUCAAGGAAGAAUUCUGUCACACAAACACGUCAAAACAUCUCUCAACACUAUGAUCUGAGUAAUGAGUUCUUCUCACUUUUCCUGGAUCCAUCCAUGACUUACUCUUGCGCCAUCUUCAAGACGGAGGAUGAAAGCUUAGAGGCAGCCCAGCUACGUAAAGUUGGCCUUCUAAUCGACAAGGCUAAAGUUGAGCGGGAUCACCAUGUUCUUGAGAUUGGUUGCGGCUGGGGUAGCUUAGCAAUCCAAUUGGUGAAGCAAACUGGCUGCAAAUACACUGGGAUCACAUUAUCCGUGGAGCAACUGAAGUACGCGCAGAGAAAAGUGAAAGAAGCUGGCUUAGAGGACCACAUAAGCUUCAUGCUGUGUGACUACCGUCAGAUACCAACUCACCGCAAAUACGACAGGAUCAUAUCUUGCGAGAUGAUCGAGGGCGUUGGGCACGAAUACAUGGACGAUUUCUUCGGCUGCUGCGAGUCCCUUCUGGCUCAAGACGGCCUAUUUGUCCUGCAGUUCAUCUCGAUCCCAGAAGAACGGUAUGAGGAGUACAGGCGGAGCUCGGACUUCAUCAAGGAAUACAUCUUCCCCGGGGGCUGCCUCCCCUCGCUGGCCCGGAUCACGUCCGCCAUGUCCGCAGCAUCAAGGCUCUGCAUCGAGCAUCUUGAGAACAUUGGGUACCAUUACUACCCGACGCUGAUCCGCUGGAGGGACAACUUCAUGGCCAACAAGGAUGCGAUUUUGGCGCUGGGCUUUGAUGAUAAGUUCGUCCGUAUAUGGGAGUACUACUUCAUAUACUGCGCCGCCGGUUUCAAGUCACGGACGCUUGGGAAUUACCAGAUCGUGUUUUCUCGCCCCGGCAACGACAAGCUGGGCGACAACGACCCUUACGCGAGCUUCCCGGCAGCCAAUCAAAGCUAGCUAUUGAAUCGUCUACAGUUCCACGUACUUUGCCUGCGCGGUAUGAUACUUUCUUGAAGGGAUAUGCGUGUGUGAUCCAUCGGCAGCAGCACUGCGUGCAAACCAAACCGUACAUCGAUGGAUGUACGUGAAUUCCUCGACGCAAUGCAAUGACCUACGUGUAGGAGCAGCUACAAGCGCGUGUACAAUGAUAAUGAUAUAUAUGUAUAUAUCGUGGCAGCUGGAUCUGUCCGAGCCCGCACUUGAACUGAA